AUGAGAUACGACUCUCUGUUUGAUACAAACGUUUUGGAAGAGGGCUGGAUGGAGAGGCUAUCGCUACAAGAAAAGUCUGAAACGUGGAAGGGGCAGGGGAUGAGCGGAGAAGGACGGGGAUGUUCAUCGGAUGCUGUCGAACAACUGAACAGUGUUGAUAUGAGAAACGAUAACGAAACUACCGCAGUCGGAUGCAGUCAACCGAAUCGCUCAGAACCGUUGGAUGCAUACAUUCAAAUUAAUCAACAAUGCUACUGCAACACAGCUGAUUACUGUAACGCUGCUGCAACGUUACUCCAUUCUCUGUCAGUUGUUCUACUACCGUUCUGUGUGCUCGUCGUUCAAUUCUAG